GCCCGGCUUCCUGUGUGUUCUACUGGCUGACAAGUGCGCAGCUGUCGCGAUGGCUGAGAGCCUCAAUCCUGUGGAUGCACAAUAACCUUGACUAGCUACUACCAUUCCCAAUGAACAAGGCACUGUCCAUUGGGUUUGUGUCUCUGGUGAAGUAAAUGCAAAAACAAAAAUGAUGGGGCUAAGGUACCAUAUUUCCCUGCCAAUGGCAGCUGGGGCUUUCUUUGUCAUUAUUCCUUACAGUAUCUCCCUCAUGGCCCAGUGGAUGUAUGGGUGGCCAAACAAACCAGGGUAUAAAAAAUACAUAGAGGCCCUAAGGCCAAGGCGGAUAUACUCUCUAACUAGAGCUAUUUUGGAAAUGCUGAAGUAUCUUCAGUAUGGGAAACUGUACUUUCAGUGGAAGUCAUGGUACAGUAAUACUGAUAACCAUAAACAUUAUGAAAAGGGUAUCAUUUUUGGCCGUCGUGGGAACAAAUUGGAUUUGUACUAUGCUCCAAAUGUGGACCAUUCCAGUGGUGUUGCUACACCUGUGGUUGUUUUUGUAUACGGAGGUGCAUGGGGUUCAGGAGAGCGAGCCAUAUACUGUCUGCUGGCCUUGCAAAUGGCAAAAGAACUCAAUGCCACUGUGGUCUGCCCAGAUUAUGCCACCUAUCCAAAGGGGACAGUUUUACAUAUGGUUCAAGAUAUUGCUGAUUGUCUCGGUUGGAUAGGGGACAAUGGGCAUAAGUUCAGUAUGGACAAAGACAAUAUUGUAUUGAUUGGCCACUCAGCGGGUGCUCACUUGUGUGCACUGACUACCCUCUUUCUGGUGGAAGGAAUGGAAGAGCUGGCAAUAGAAGUGGCCAAACAGAAGGAAAUUGCCCAGUCAAUCAAAGGAGUCACAGGAUUGAGCGGUGUUUACAAUAUACUGGACCAUUACCAGCAUGAGAAGAUGCGAGGAAUUGAGUAUGUUUCCACAAUGCACAAAGCCAUGGGCGGUGUGGAGAACUUUGAAUUUUACUCACCUACAGAUUUUCUAAAGAUACUCACCGAGGACAAGCACAAGAGAAUGCCCCCCUUCUGCUUGAUCCAUGGAACAAAUGACAUCAUCGUGCCCAUGGAGUCCUCCAUCAGGUUCUCAGAGGUCCUUGCCUCUGUGUCUGUGAAGGUGUCUCUUCACCUCCUGCCUAAAAUGGACCACACAGAGAUUGUCACUGAUCUCAUGGCCCCAGACAGACACUUCUACCACACUGUCUAUGGCUGUGUCAAAGAGGAGUAUAGCAAGUUCCAGGGGAAAUGCUGAAAAACACCCUUUUCUGUUUUAACACUCCUUUCCUGCAAUGUUAUAUUUCUUCAUGCACUGUGUUGAUGUGGAACAAUAGCAUCACCAUUUUAACAAUUGUAUUGACCAUAUUUACAGUAUUAGUUAUCUGAGCACUUUUUGUUUGAAUGUGUUAAUAUUUAUUUUCCUUGGUGUUACUUUGAAUAUUCUCAGGCCUGCUGUUGCAUUGAACAAAUCUGCCCAUUUUACUUGCCUGUUGUUUUGUAAUUUUGCAUUCAAUGGCUGAAACGAGCAUUAUGUUGAAGGAUACCACAGAGCAUAAUGAUUUGCAUGCAUUUAUACAGUUUUUCCAAAACUCAGCUUCCCCCGAAGUAAAUGUGUUUGCUAAUGUAAACAGAUUUUUUACAUUUAUUCCUGGAUAUUAGCAGUUAUCUGUUGCAGGUAAAUUCCGUGCUCAACGUUUUGUGAAAAUGUUGCACACCUUGCAUCACCAAAGGUGACAGGAUUUCUUGGGAGCAGCAUAUAGUUUAUAAUUUGAAAGCUAAUAACUAAUAUAUAUUAGCUAUAGGAAAUAUAAUGCUGGCCACUGAAGUGCUUCCUGAAGUAAGCUCAAGAGUGUUGCUUCCUUGAAUCAAUGUAAUAUGGUUCCAGUAUAAGAUGAAGGCAGUCAAAAUGACAAAAUACUUUUCAAGAUGUAUGGUUAUCAUACUAUUGUACUUUACACUUUACUCAAAAUGAAUGCAAGAGCAUUUAUUUCAGAACUAGUAUACACAAAUAGUGUAUCCUAUUAUGCAGGAUUUUUUUAGUAGAAAUGCUGCCUUCAUCAUUGAACCUAUGUGCUGAAUUAUGUAUUUAACACUGUGUUCCUGUUUUUGUUUUGCUUAUUUAUUUCUGCUAUUUCAUUUAUCUUAUUCAAACAGGACAAGGUGAACUGUAUUCUGCAUGUUUUAUUGUAUUGUAUUUUAAGGUAUGUCUACUACAGAAACCACACAGACCAUGCUUCUCAACUUCAGUUCAGAUUCCAGCUCAUUUACAUUACAUUACAUUAACUUUUAGACAUUUCAAAGAACACUGACUUACACUGUUUUAAUUACUUUUACUUUACAAGUGUAGCACCAGCAAAUCAUGAAAUUAUUUCCGGUAAGGCAGGUGAUGUAUAAAAAUGUUACCAGCCUGAUGAACCUCAAAUUUACUGAACUUGAAAUUUGAGGUUCAUCUGUUUUCUCUGCCUGAAUCUCCUUUCAUUCCAUUUCUGCUGAAAUAUUCCUGCAUUAUGACUUCAAUGGUCCAAUUUCCAAUUGGGAAAGAAGAGAUAGAUUAAUUGUUUGAUUGUUUGAUACAUUAAUUGAUUGAUUGUAUUAUUGAUUGAUUGUAUUAUUGAUAGAUUUAUUUUUGGAUUUCUUUAAUUAUUGAUUGUAUUAUUGAUUGAUUGUGAUGCUUUAUGAGUGGGCUGCUGUGAAUCCUGACCGUCACAAUGAAAUGAAAUCAUGUCUCUUUAUUUGAACUGGGCAGGGUGAGGGCUGAGCUAAGUACUGUAUACCAGAAGCUGCAAGAUAUUUGACAGAAAUCUUCCAAACAAAUGCUAAUCUUCUAGCUUUUGUUGUUGAUAAUAAUGAUUAAACAAAUGAAAAAUAUAUUUGUGAUUUAUUCUUUGUGAAAUGAUCAAACAUGACUCCCUUUUUUGUUUCCUAUUAUUUAUGUUAUUAUGUAUCCGUAUUCAGUACAGUAUAUCAUUAUAAAUGUAUACAUUAAAUGUUCAAUGCUGCUUUCUUUAAA